CACACGGGUAUACAAAAUGAGUAAAAUUAGUAGCGACAACGUAAAAGCAAUCGUUGCUUCAAUGUUUGCUGAAGCCAAAGAAGCCAAACGUGGUUUCACUGAAACUGUUGAAUUACAAAUCAACUUAAAGAACUACGAUACCAAGAAAGAUAAACGUUUCUCUGGUCAAAUCAAAAUCGGUACUGUCACCAAACCAAAAUUCUCAGUUUGUGUCUUUGCUGAUCAAGCCCAUUGUGAUGAAGCCACUAAAAUCGGUGCUGAAUUCAUGGAUAUUGAAGCCUUAAAGAAAAUCGGUCCAAAGAACAAGAAAGCCAUCAAGAAAUUAUCAAAGAAAUAUGAUGCUUUCCUUGCCUCAGAAUCAAUCCUCAGACAAGUUCCAAAACUUUUAGGUCCAGGUUUAAAUAAAGUCGGUAAAUUCCCAACCCUCUUAACUCACGCUGAAGAUAUGGCCUCAAAGAUCAAUGAUGUCAAAUCAACUGUCAAAUUCCAACUUAAGAAAGUCUUAUGUCUUGCUGUUGCUGUCGGUCACGUCGGUUUAACUGAAAGAGAAAUUGCCACCAACGUCAUUCAAUCAAUCAAUUUCUUAGUCUCCCUCUUAAAGAAAGGCUGGCAAAAUAUCAAGACUUUAUACGUCAAGACCUCCAUGGGUAAAUCACACCGUGUUUACUAAACACUUUAUCCACCCCUCUUCAACCAUGUUUUUCUUUUUACACUCCAUUAAAUAGAGAAACAAUGAAUUGCUUGAUAUAUAACCAAUAAUAGGCUAAUAGAGGUUGUUUAUACUAAUUUUCUAAAUUUUUAUUUCAAUCUUGUUUCCUAUUUUUUGGGAGCUAUACAAAAUUUAAUAAAUUUUUAUUAUACCCAUAAAAAAAGUUUAAUUAAG